CCAUUAUAAUCCACGGGUCCGGGUAGGAGGGGUCAAGCGUAGUCAGCGACAUAGAUGGUGUGGGCGAAGUAGGGAGCUCUAUGGUCGAUCAGGAAUGGCACCCUACCUCCCCAAAGGCAAGAAUAUGAGGGGAAGUACGGAUGAAUCGAGUGUACGACGGAUCGCUUCGGAAAGCUCUGUAGUACUGGCGAAAUGCGUCGGCGCGCGCUCCAUCCAAGUAUACGCUACGAUAUGGCCGUUUUACUCAUGUGGCGUCGUUUUCGUUCCCUAUAGCAUUAUAGAUGUCCUAUGACACACUAGUACGUUUUCAGACCCUCCGCGCUCCUCCACAAUUCCCGUGCUCUUCCCCUCCUCCUCAUCCCGCGC